AUGGUUAUGGAUUUCACGGUCAUUGAAGAUAUUGAAAAGGGUGACUGUAUUGGCAAUUCCGGUGGUGUCGUCCCCGGCGGAGAUCACGGUAAGAAGCUUAUCACGAAGACCCUGUUUGUCCGGGACUGCAUAGCCCUUCUCGGGAAGCGGAACGAGCAGACGCUCCAUGAUGGUAGGGGAUUUUCCCCGCUGCUGCUGCUGCCACGGCGAUAUACUCAUCGAUGCGGCGAGCGGCAAACUAGAUAG